AUGGAUCUGUUUGACCCUUUCAGGGUUCCCACCACAGCUUUUCUCCUGUCUGCCCCAGACCCCAACCACUCACCCCACCAGCAUCCUUUCUCCUGUCUGCCAGACCUCAACCACUCACCCCCAGCAGCCUUCUCCUGUCUGCCCCAGACCCCCAACCACUCACCCCACCAGCAGCCUUUCUCCUACCUUCAACCACUCACCCCAGACCCCUUUCUCCUGUCUGCCCCAGACCCCCAACCACUCACCCCCACCAGCAAGCCUUUCUCCUGUCUGCCCCAGACCCCAACCACUCACCCCACAGCAGCCUUUCUCCUGUCUGCCCCAGACCCUCAACCACUCACCCCACCAGCAACCUUUCUCCUGUCUGCCCAGACCCUCAACCACUACCCCACCAGCAACCUUUAUCCUGUCUGCCCCAGACCCUCAACCACUCACCCCCACCAGCAGCCUUUCUCCUGUCUGCCCCGAACCCUCAACCACUCACCCCCACCAGCAACCUUUCUCCUGUCGCCCCAGAGCCCUAAGCUUCCUGAUGAAUUUUACCCCAGUCCGCCACACCCUCAGACCCGAGCCCCCCCCCCACCCCUCGUAUCAGACCAACGGCCACCCCCCCGCCGACUCCAACCACCCAAGGCAAGACCCCACGCUCGCCAGAACAAAGGCGGCCCGGCGACGCCCGACCCCACGGCCUGCAGGACGCCCCCACCCAAAUCCCCAACCACCAGCGCACGCCAACCCAGCCCAAGCAGUACCCCCCCACGGCCCAACCACGUCCCCACAUCACCGCGCCACGGCCAACCACCCACACGACCCCGCCCGCACGACCCAACUCCCACCCACAUUACUGCACCCCCCGGCACCCCAACCAGCCACAGCGGGACCCGCCGUGACUGCCCAACCCACCAGACCCCCCGGGCACGCCCAACGCCCCAUCAGGCGGGAAUCCGCCCUCCGCCAGUGCGGCCCAACCAGCCCCACAGCGCACCCCCCCGGCACGCACCAGCCCACAGCUGCACCCGCCCUGGCACGCCCAACCAGCCCACCACGGGACCCCCGCACGGCCCAACCAGCCCCACACGUACCCCGACCGGCACGGGCCAACCACCAAGCGCCCCCCCGGACGGCCACCACCCACAGGCACCCGCCGCCCACGGCCCAACCACACCCACACGUGGACCCGCCCGCACGCCAAACCAGGCCCCACACGGGACCCCGCCGCACGGCCCACCAACCCCACGAGCGGUACCCGCCCGGCACGGCCCAGCCAGCCCCACAAGCGGCAACCCGCCCGCACGCCAACCAAGCCACAGCGCCCCCGGCACGGCCCAGCCAGCCCCACAGCGGACCCCCCGACGGCCCCAACACCCCCCACGAGCUCGGACCACCGCCCGGCACGACCAACCAGCCCCACUAGCCAUCACCCGCCCCUCAUCGGCCCUCCAGACCACGGACGCCCACAGCACCCCCCUGCACCCCAACAAGCCCCACAUUGACCCCACCCGCAGCCCAACCCCAGCCCCACAUCGUGACCCCGGCCCGGCACGCCCACCACCCAACACGACCCCCCGGCACGCCAACCAGCCCCCACAGCGCACCCCCAUCCUAGCACCAGCAACCCCACAGCGUGACCACGCCCCGGCAUUCUCCCACGCUCCUAUCCGAAAGCCCCACAGCGGCACCCGCCCGCAAUGCGGGCCUCAACUCUCAUCCACCCUUCAGCGUCAUCUCGCCCGAGCGCUGUGCUCGCAGACCAGUCUCUCGGCGACAGCGUGUACCCGCCCGCGCACUGGCCCCAACCAGCCCAACAGCGAACCCCCGACCGGCACUGCCAACCAGCCCCACAGGCUGAACCCCGCCCCGAACGGAGAACCCCCAACCACCCCGCACAUGCGAGCAACCUCCCAGUUCUGCCCGAGGCGCCAACCAGCUGUACGCUCGCGCCGCACGCCCACCAUGCCCCCACUAUCUUUAGCGGAACCCCCGCCCCUGUGA